GUAGGGUUUAGUGUUAAGUCAUUGCGUUUCAUUGCGUUUCCUGCUCCUCUCUCCUUGAGAUUCAUUCAGAGAUGGCAUCGCUGUGCAGAUCAGCGCUCAUGAGUGGUUCCAGAAACUUAGUAUCCAGAUCAAGAACCGUAACUCAGAAGUAUCUCAAUCUUAAACCAACAACGACGACUUCAGCUCCUUUUGGUUCAGUCUCCCAAUCCAUCCCUCGCGCUUCAAGGGUUCUGUCUGCUUUGGGAAGCGUUGAAACGAUGAUUCCGCUUCACAGUGCUGUUGCUUCAGCUCGGCUCCGGUCAAGUAUCGCUUCUGAUUCCUCUUGUUGGAGCAUGCUCUCCGAGGGAUUUGCCACGCCUUUGUGACCCCGGUCUGCUGGAUUCUGUAUAAGGCGAAAAAAUAAUCAAAAUUAUUAGGACUUGCUUUCAGACAUAUGAAUGAACAAGGAUACUACUUUUCCCUGGUUUGAACUCUUUCGUUCAUGUAUUGUUAUAGUUCAGAAGAAAUGUUUGCUUCAGAGUUUUACUUAUCUUUCUGUUGCUAUUUGUAUUCACACAUUUUGGGGCUUUUCCUGCGUUGGAACUCAGUUUGUCCUCUCUUCUCUUCGUGUGUCAAGCUCAGUAUUCACCAAAUCACAAUGCACAAGCUGCUUUUAGACUACUUACUACUUGAUGUUAAGUUAUAGGGCCGGUUUGGUCCGGUUUAGGACCACUAAUCAUCAUUUUGUAAGCAUUAUAAAUUAGACAUCGUUAUUGUAUUCUAAUGAACAUAAACAAACUUAAAACCGCC